GGUGGAUAUCACGUUGCGAAGGGGCAGCCGCUUGUCCUUCUUUUCACCCAGCUCCAUCGCGACCCAAAGGUGUGGGGCGACGACGCAGAAGAGUUUAGGCCGGAGCGCAUGCUCGAUGGCAAGUUCGAGGCGUUGCCACCCAAUGCGUGGAAGCCUUUCGGCAACGGAAAGCGCGCCUGCAUCGGAAGAGGCUUCGCCAUUCAGGAGGCGCUCCUCGCCCUCGCCAUCAUUCUCUCCACCACCAAGCCAGUUGCCAUCUGCACGGCGUCGUACGAGGGCAAGCCGUGCGACAAUGCCAAGGAUUUCGUCGAUGCCAUCUCUGCCAUGGAUGCUGCAACGGCGCCGAUCAAGCCCAAACUCUGCAUUGCAGGUCUGUACAACGCUCCGUUUGAAGAGUACGCUUUGGCUGAUCUUAGUUGA